UUUACAAUUCAGUUUUAUACAAUUACAUUGUCGUUCUUAUCAUAAUUUAUGUUAUUAUAAAACUUUUGGUUGAUGAUCACAUAGCGACCCCUUCGAAGGUCCUGUGAUUUUUCCCGGCGGCCAGCAAUCAACAUUCCCACGGUCCGCGACUCUCUCCCAGUGCUUUCGGUGCUACCAGUGCUCCCAGUCGUGGUCGUAGUUGUGCUCUCCCUGCGCCGGCGCCUGGAGAGGAUUGUCGGCUUGCCGAGGAGCUGUGUCGGAACAGCAGGGACCAGCAGCUGCGGCCGUCCGCCGACUUUCAGUUGAGAGCGAGUGGCCGCCGUGAGCAGGACGGCAGAAGCGGAGCAGGCAUCAGGAUUUCCCGGAGCCAGCGCGAGCAACACGUAACAGAGCGGUCCCAGGUGGAGGAGGGGCAGGAGGAGGAGCAGGAGCAGCAGAGGCAGGCGGGCAGCCGUAGGCUUUCAGUAUACACAGGGAGCUCCCCCGACGAAAAGAUAUAUUCGCAAAGGUCCGCCGCUUUGGGAAACCACCGCCAAUCCAUGGAACAUGCAGCGUGAUCGCUGCAGGACUGACCGGUAGAUUCGCAAGAUGCUCAUCCGCCUGCGCUAUGGAAGACGCCUGCAGACCUAUCUGAAGAUAGGUGCCUGUGUGCUGGUGGGCCUGUGCUACUUCGCCUUCCUCUUCCGGGAGUCCCUCAAUGCCUACGAGCACCGGGAGCGGGCGACGGCCGCCGAACUGGAGGCGGAGUCGGAGCCGUCGAAGCAGCAGCUCAAACUCAAGCGGCAGCAGCUGGCACGCCAGCGGAUCUUGGCCAAGAAGGAGCAGGAGAAGGCCACCACUGGGGGCAAUGCCAGUGCCGGAAGCUCAUCGCCAAUGGCUGCAGUUCCUCCGCCUCCGCCGGCCAGCACCCUCAAUCCCGUCUACGAAUACUCCGAGGAGCUGCACAGCCGCACGGAGCGGGAACUGCAAAGGAGGAGCGAACACCUGGCCGCCGUCUGCGAUCGCUACAAUCUGCAGGAGAAGUAUCCACCGAAUCCCUGGGAGUUCUUCGUCUCGCCCGGUCACAAUAAUCUCGUCUGGUGCAAUGUCUUCAAGGCGGCUUCAAGUACGUGGAUGUAUUACUUUAAUAUACUUGCCGGCUACGAUGUGAGGUUCCUGCAGCGAACGGAGACGCAGCCAUUGGAGCUGGCCAGGAAGCGCUAUCCGCGGCCGGAACUGGGCGAACUGAUGGAGCUGCUGCCCAGUGCGCUGUCCUUCCUCUUCGUGCGCGAUCCCUUCGAGCGGAUAUUGAGUGCGUACCGCAACAAGCUGGAGGGCAACAAGAACACCUUCUACAAGGCGCUGGGCACCAAGAUAGUGCAUCGCUAUCGGAAGCGGAACUUGGGCGGACCCUGGCCUCGGUGUGGACCCACCUUCGAGGAGUUUGUGCGAUUCCUGAUCGCCGAACAGGCGGCGGGCAAGCGAUUCGACGAGCACUGGGCACCGGUGUACAGCUUCUGCACGCCCUGCAGCGUUAACUUCACCAUCAUUGGCAAAACGGAGACAUUCCAGCGCGACUCGGAGUUCAUCAUCCGACAGGCGGGACUGGAAUCGCUGCUCUUGGGAUUGGGCCAGCUGCCGCAGCGGAAGCAGCGCAAGAUUGGCAACCAGGCCCGAAGUGGCGUCAAAUCGGAGGCCCUGGUCGAGCGUUACUUUGCCGAUCUCGACCGCUCAACGUUGGACCAAUUGCUCAAGAUAUAUCGCAUCGAUUUCGAGCUGUUUGACUACGACUACCGCAAGUACUACGACAUGGUGCAUCCGUGGAGUCUGGAGCAGAGCACAUCCGCAACUGGAGCUCUGGCUUCAGCUCCAGCCGGAUCCACCAGCACCACCCCCUCUAUAGCUUUGGGUGGACAGUCCCACCCAAGGUCACAGCACGUAGGGUCAAACCAGUUCGCCAUCGAUGAGUCGUAAAACAAUCUUAUCAUGUACCUUUUUACACGAAAACGUAAACGAAAACGAAAACGAAACUCAAAACCAACCAACCAACCCACAAACAAACAAAACACACACACGAUAUAAACAGAACCCAACCGAAGCUAACAAAUCUACCAAAAAAAAAAUGUUUAAGGCCAAAUCAACGUUUUCCAAAAACGCAAAAACCAAAGUAAUACACUCUUGACCUCUCUUAGAUAAUGCCAAAAAAAAUACGAAAAGAAAGGAAUGGAACGACCCAAAAGGAAACUUAGUUAGAAAAUGUAGCAUUUUGAUGGAUUUUUUCAGCCAGCAAAAUUCUGAGACGGAGAACCCCUACAAUUUUACAUGGCGUGGCAUGUGUUGUGUUGUAGUUAGUUAAUAAGUACCUACAAUUUACAGUUGCACUCUCAAAACCCACACAAGAACAUACAAAACAAAAAAAAAAAAAGAUAUACUAUAUAGAUAAACGAUAUAUACAGACCUCUAUACCAAUAUCGCGAACGCUAUUCUUCAAGGCAAGGCUGGAGAGUUAUAUACAACCAGAAAGUGAGAAAUCGUCUUAAACCAAAGAAAAUUCUGUAUUUACACAUAUUUACAACCAAAAUCCCCGAAAUACCAAAUACCAAACCCCCUCAACAACCACAACAUAUGGUACUUACUAUUAUUAAGUUAUUAUAUAUACAUAUAUAACUAUAUAUUAACGAAAUUUAUAAACAGGUCUUGAUCUAAGUCUAUAACUUUUGUGGACUAGAUACGUUUUUCCUAGGCUAUAACGAAACAGGCGGAAAAUAUGCAAGUUUUCGAGAUAUGAAAAUGAUACCAAAGAACGGAUAGAAAGUAUUCAAAACUUAUAAAAAAGAAAGAAAGAAACCCAACAACAAGAAAAACUUUUCAUGUGAUGUUUAAGGAUUUAUUAUAAAAAAAAAGACAGAGAAUAUUUAAUUAUUAUUAUACUUAUACUGUAUUUCGAAUAAUGAUAAAACCAAAACCAAAACGAAAAACAAAUUAGUGACAUACACACGAUAUUAUUCUAAAUAAAUUUAAAUUUUCCAAAACUUUUUUCGUUGUACAAAUAAAAGGCAACAAAUUCAUUAAGAAUAAAUAAUCUCUUUACCACUCGAAUGGGAA